AUGCAGCCAUUUAAAUAUAUACUAUCCAAUAAUGGCACUGUCACAGGUGUGCACUCAAUUCCACCGAAAUCAGUAAGGUCCAUUGAGCACUGUCCUUUGAUUGUUGGUCUCCAUGGUGGUACCUACGACAGUCAAUACUUUGAUGCUACUCCUAAAGUCUCUGCGUCUUUGGCGAGUGUUGCUUUUGGAGUUCCGUUUAUAGCUAUAGAUCGACCUUCCUAUGGUGGUACAAGUUCUAUACUACCCAUACCAGACCAAUCUGAUUUUCCUCAAGAGACCGGCCGCUGGCUGCAUCAUUACAUUCUUCCGAAACUCUGGACUGAGGUCGGAGUACCAAACGGAUGCAAUUGUAUAGUCCUCCUAGGUCAUAGUCUAGGAGUAAUGGGAGCUAUUGUAGCAUGUGCCCUUCAUACACAAGACAAUAUUCCGUUAUAUCCACUAGGAGGUCUGAUAGCAAGCGGCAUGGGAAACACAUCAUCGUUGAAGACAGAUAUGCCUUCCUUUGUUCCUAUUGACUCUAGCCACGUAAUGUUUCCCGUCGACGCCAAGGAUAAGAUUAUGUUCAAACAUGGGACAGUUAGUUCUGAGGUUCUGGAGGAGAGCAAACGUCUCAAUGCCAUAUCACCUCUUACAGAGAUAGCUGGAUUCGCCAUUGAUUGGCUUCCAAGAUGGAAACAAAAGUGGGCAGCAGAUGUAUCAGCACCAGUCAUGUUUUCUCUCGUAGAUGAAGAUCCUUUUUUUGAUGUCAAUGAGGAAGAAAUUAAUAUUUGCGCAAAAGCAUUUAAAAAUAGUGCAGUAGUCGACGUCAGCUUGGUAAAAGGUGCCCCUCAUUCAUACUCGAGGCAAAAGAAUGUCAUGGAUGAUUAA